AUGGACCUAAUGGACCUUCAAACGAGGGUCAAAGCCUACCGUUUCGUGGCCUAUUCAGCUGUUACUUUCUCUGUUGUGGCUGUACUUUCUGUUACGGUCACCCUGCCUAUGGUCUACAAUUAUGUGCAUCAUGUGAAAAGGACCAUGCAAAAUGAAAUUGUCUUCUGCAGGGGAGCAGCAAAAGACAUAUGGUGGGAGGUACGAGAACUGAAAUCUGCCGCUCAACCAAGCAACAGAACAGCUCGUGAGGCUUACAAGGAUGCGGCCGUUACGACAGGAAAUAAGGGUCCCGGAGGCUGCGAAGCAUGUUGCGUGGCGGGACCAGCAGGACCCGCAGGAACACCCGGUCAACCAGGAAAACCGGGAAAACCUGGCACUGCUGGACUUCCCGGAAAUCCUGGGAAACCACCCAACCAGCCAUGCGAGCCAGUCACUCCUCCACCAUGCAAACCUUGUCCUCAAGGGCCGCCAGGACCUGCUGGACCAGCAGGUCCUCCCGGAGAUGCAGGAGCAAAUGGUUCACCAGGACAACAAGGAAGUGAUGCCGCUCCUGGAGAACCUGGUCCAAAAGGACCUCCAGGACCAGCUGGAAAUGAUGGAGCACCUGGUGCACCAGGGCAACCUGGAAGCUCUGCACAAUCUGAACCACUUGUACCUGGGGAACCAGGACCGGCAGGAGAACCUGGACCUGCUGGCCCUCCUGGACCUAAUGGACAACCUGGAGGAGCUGGAGGCGCUGGAAAUCCAGGUGCUAAAGGACCUCCGGGACCAGCAGGAGAGAAUGGAGCUGAUGGAAAGGCGGGUGCACCGGGGCCACAAGGUACACCUGGAGGUCAAGGCGAAAAGGGAAUCUGCCCGAAGUACUGCGCUAUCGAUGGUGGAGUUUUCUUCGAGGAUGGCACACGACGUUAG